CUGUCCGUCGACGGCCGGCUUGCCGAGUCGGAGCGGCUGGCUGCCAACCAACCGAUGGCGUCGGGCUCCGGUGGCGGUGGGGGCGACUUCUCCGUCCUCGUGCUGGGCUCCGACUUCGCGACCGACGCCGGCGCCGCGCUCCUCACCCCCGCCGACCGCGAGGAGUGGCAUGACUGCCUCCCCGACCUCUCAGAUGCCGACGCCUGCUUCUCCGACCUCGAGGAGCUCCAGGUCGUGCUUGUCCAGGGCACCGACCGGGCCGGCCGAACCAUCGUCCGCGUCGUCGGCAAGUUCUUCCCGGCUCCAGUAAUUGAUGGUGAACGCCUGAAGAAGUAUGUGUUCUUCAAGCUCCGCACUGAAUUACCAGAGGGUCCAUUCUGCAUCUUGUACAUUCACAGUACUGUGCAGUCAGAUGACAAUAACCCUGGGAUGUCAAUCUUGAGGACGAUUUAUGAGGAGCUCCCACCUGAAUACAAGGAACGGCUUCAAGUUUUCUACUUCUUGCAUCCCGGACUUCGCUCCAGGCUGGCCAUUGCCACACUUGGCAGGCUAUUCUUAAGUGGAGGGUUGUAUUGGAAAAUCAAGUACAUUAGUCGUCUAGAAUAUCUCUGGGUGGAUAUAAGGAAGGGGGUGGUUGAAAUUCCAGAUUUUGUUGUUGAACACGAUAAGGUUCUUGAGCACCGACCACUGACUGAUUAUGGCAUAGAACCCGAUCCUCUACAUCUUGCUGAUGUACCUGCUGCGGGAUACUCGCUUGGAAGAUAUGAAGAUAAGUGGGCUCCUGAAGAUCGACGGUAUGCAACUGGCUUCUUCUUUCUUAUCGGGCAGGUAUGCAAAAACUAGAUGACAAGGAGAAUCUGGAGGCAGGAGCGGAUGCUCUGAAGGAUGCGGCGCUUCACUUUCAUCCUCUGGAGGCCACGCCGGAAGACAAUGGAGUGGUGCUGAUACAGUAGAUGAAGAACAGAGUCCCCCCAUUGGAAGCUACAUUCCACAAAACAAGUGGAAACCUGUUAAGCUUAGUGAUGUUGGUGUAUGUAGGCUUCCUUUUGUUCCCGGUUUCAGAUAGGUGUUGGUUUGACAAAACCUGUAGCUGUUGGUGCCCAGGUGACAGGCCCUGAGUGUUGUGAUCUCCUGGUGUCAGUUAACAUGUUGCUUUUACUUUCUGAACUUCCGGUUGGUUGAACAAAACUUUGUAAUUUCGUUACUUUCUGGAGUAAUGAAAUUCGGGCAAUGCCCUUAAUGGGAAAAAAA